AUGAACUUCAAUACUCCACUUUCAUUAUUAUCAUCAAUCAAAGAAUCAAUUCAUGAAAUGAAUUGGAUUAGAAAAAACAAAACUACUCAAUUCUUUAAACAUACUUCAUGGAAAAUAUUAAAUUCAUCACAGUUGAAUAUCAUUACAAAAGAAUUAACUAAUAAUGAACUAUAUGAUGAUGAUAAUAAUAAUACUUUAACUACUAUAUUGAAUCAUGAAUUGAUUUGUUGA